CUCUAACUUCCGGGAAACUGACGCAAAGUAGGAAGACAGGGAGGAAUUUCGUAAGACCGGUCCUAUCAACUGUGCUGUGACUGUACAGAAUGGCGUACCCAGGUGCAAGUCAAAGUCGUGGACCUGUGUCCAGAGUUGAACUCAGAGUUGAGUGCCAGAGUCUACUGAAGAAAGACACAUCUUCAAAGUCAGACCCCUGUGCAGUGUUCCUGUUAGAAAGGAAAGGCCGUUGGGAAGAGUUGGGAAGAACAGAAAACAUCGAGAAUUGCCAUGACCCCAAAUUCACCAAGACAUUUGUGAUCGACUACUUUUUUGAAGAAGUUCAGAAAGUGAAGGUCCAAGUUUUUGACAUUGACAACAAAUCACCACAACUGACCGAUGACGAUUUCCUAGGAGAAAUUAAGUGUAACCUUGCCACGAUUGUGUCCAGAAAUCCUCUUGUUGAACCACUGAAGAAGAAAAAUGGCCAUCCAAUGGGCGGUUCAAUGAUCACGAUUCGUUCGGAAGAGAUGAAGGAAGGUGGUGAAUUAGCUCAUAUGUCAUUUAAUGCAAAGAAACUUGACAAUAAGGAUUUCAUGGGAAAGUCAGACCCGUACAUUGAAAUUCAAAGACAAAGUCCUGAUGGAUCCUGGCAGGUCACACACCGAACUGAGGUUAUAAAGAAUACAUUGAAUCCUUCGUGGAGGCCAUUUACUGUACCUGUUCAUGCCUUAUGUAGCGGAGACCAUUCCAAGGAAAUCAAGUUUGAUGUGUACGAUUGGGACAAUGAUGGGUCACAUGACCUGAUCGGUGGAUUUAAAACGACUGUCAAAGAUAUGAUGGGAGCGUCGAAACAGGAGGUGCCGUUCCCAUGUAUAAACCCCAAGAAACAAAGCAAGAAGAAGUAUGAGAAUUCAGGGAUUGUGUAUCUCACUAACUUUGAGCUGAAGAAGCCAAUGACAUUCCUAGACUAUAUCUAUGGUGGGAUGCAGAUCAAUUUCACAGUGGGAAUAGAUUUUACAGCAUCCAAUGGCAACCCAAGAAUAAAUUCCUCGCUACAUUUCAUAGACCCCAACCAACCCAACGAAUAUGUUCAGGCCAUCAGAGCUGUCGGUAACAUCUGUCAGGAUUACGAUAGUGACAAACUGUUUCCAGCCCUUGGAUUCGGGGCCAAACUACCUAACGGAGAAGUGUCAUUUGAGUUUGCUGUGAACUUUAACCCAUCAAAUCCUUACUGUGCUGGUAUUGACGGUGUAGUUCAGGCUUACCAGAACUGUAUUCAGUCUGUAGAACUGUACGGCCCCACAAAUGUAGCUCCGAUCAUCCGACACGUAGCCCGAUUUGCAGCUCAAUCCCAGGCAGAAGAGUCCACAAAGGGAGCAGGGCAAUACUACGUGCUCCUGUUGCUGACGGACGGGGCCCUGUCAGACAUGCCUCAGACUAUACAAGCCAUUGUUGAUGCCACAGCCCUGCCUAUGUCUAUCAUCAUCGUAGGAGUUGGACAAGCGGAUUUCAGUAACAUGGAGCUCCUGGAUGGGGAUAAUGGUACGCUCCGGGCACCCAACGGUCAGGAAGCGAAACGCGACAUUGUCCAAUUUGUUCCAUUCCGAAAGUUUAAGCGUGAGGAAAGCAUGGGGAUACAGUCUGAGGAAAGCUAUGCUCGAGACCAGGCAUCUGCAGAGGAGUUGGCGCGACAAGUACUGGCAGAGGUACCUCAGCAGGUGGUCCAAUACUUCACCUACCGGGGACUUUCCCCCAACAAGAAGUCAUACUAAUUGUCAAAAAUUCAAACAUUAACAGGAUCAAAUGUGUCAGGAAUGUAUGAAAGAUUGUUUUCAUAUUGAUAUUAGAGAGUUGUUCCUGGAUACAAUGUAUUGUUAAUACAGCUUAUGAAUGCUUCAUUUCGACUCAUUACCUAAGCACAGGGUAAGUCAAACUCUUUGAUCAGCAAACUCACGCAAUACAGGAACUGUUUUAUAUCAAAAUGCUAGUUCUGUAUCUUCUCGGUAGAAAGUAACAAUAUUUCACGCAGUUUGAAUAUUUCUGUGUGAAUCAAACAGUAGUCUUAAAGUUGAUGUAAUAGUCUGUUUUUACAAAUAUAUGUAUUUACAAAUAUUUAUAUAUUUGAUUUUUUAAUGUAUGCUAUAUACAUGUACAUUCUCAUAACAUAUUUAAAUUGGAUGGUUGACGGAAAGAAAGAAAUUUGUAUUGAAUUUUCAAUCACUGAGAAAAAUGCCAGCAAUUUGUGUAAUGUAUAUAUUAUAUUGUUAGGUUAUCUCUAGCUCUUCUAGAGAAGACAGCUUUGUUUUAUUACUGUUAAACUGUAUUGCAGUUUGUAUGGGUGAUAUACAGAGAGUAAACUUAUAUAUUAGUGAUCCUUUUCACUGUAGCAUUAUAGUUUUAGUAUCAUUUAGAAUAUUCUCUCUUCAUUUAGUUAAAUAUCUAGUGCAUGCAUGUAUGUAUAUACCUAUUUGUUGUUAAGAAAUGGAAGCUUUUGUUCAAAAGAAUUAAUUUUCAAAUUUAUUAAGGCACUGUGCCGCUCACACCUUGCCAUAUCUUAUGAUUUUUGAGCCAUAAUUAUGAUAUAUUGAUGUGUUAUUAUAUUAUUGUAGUAAGACACCUGUUCCUAGUUUCUUAAAGCUAAGAUUCAUCUUAACUUUUUGAAAUUCCUUAAUUUGAAAUCCUUCUUGGAAAUCAUUACAGAAUUUCAGGAAAGGUCAAGAUUUCCUCCUGUAAUCUAAUAAUGUGCCUAUGGAAAACUAAACAUUUCCUUAAUUAAAUGUAAAAUCUUGAGGAAAAUGAAGCCUGAAAAUUUCAAUACACCUGCACCAGGCCUUAAUACUGAAUGAACAUGGACCUUGUCCUAAUUUUAUCUACAUUCCUUAACUUAUUUUUUCCACAUGACAAGAUUUAAGAACAAUUUUUCCUUAACUCCAAUAAUGGUUUUCUAUGAACACACUUAGAAAUAUAACUUUAAGCGAGCUGAUUUUGGCUUCUGGUAUUGAUGUUUUCAUUUUGGUGCUAUCCAUAAACACUUAUACUAUACUUUGCCAUGUAUCCCAACAUCUACAAAUUUUGAUUCAAUUUCAAUCAGAGAAUGUUCUGUUACGUUUUUCCAAACAUUUGUUAGUCACAAAAAUAACAUUGUCUGCAAUCACUACAAAUCCUGUGUUUUCUUUAUAUAAUUAAGCAGUUUUUAAUACCAGCAGUUGUUGUUGUUUGCAACAGCAAGACAUGUUUUUAUUAGAUUUAAAGUGUAACCUUUCAGUACAGGAAAAGAUGGGUAGGAAAGCCCUAAAAUCCUUUGUUAUACCUAUGUUUUGGCUACACUUUUUCUUGAGCAAUGUUUUAGUCCAUUGCCUAUCGAAAGUCAACUUUCUCUUUGACAAAAGGUAAAAAUUUGAAAUGUUAAAUUACUUUUUUCCUAAGAAUGAGUGGGAAGUAUAUGUCGGUGAAUAAACGUAAAUAUGACACAACACAAUUUUGAUCAAAUCACCUGUUAAUAUUCUAGAGUUCAUUAAGAUAUAAUUGUUUGAUUACUUUUUCAAUACAUUACGUUAAUAAAUGACGUCACUGUUUGUAACAUCACUUUUGAUUGGCUGAUACAGCAGCGUAAUUAUUUCUAAGAGAAAAAAAUCCAUCAAUUAAAGUAGAUGGUUAAAUUAUAAAGAUUAAUUUUAAAAAUAUGAUGGAAUAACACAAAAAACUGGAGGGUACUCUCAUCAUGAAUUGCUUCGAUAUGGUUGAUAACAUUAUAUAUAUACAGAAUUAUCUAUGCAUAAUACUGAUUAUCCUACAGCUUCAUGCUUGCCGUCCGCGAGGAAAUACUUCAUACACUAUAUAUUCUUUAUUUUAUUAGUUUACAAACUUCUAUGCUCUUUAUUUUCUUUGGCAAUGAAUUACCCAUAAUUCUUACCAAAUAUUCACGCUAUAAGUUAUAUGUAGAUUAUGUGUUACUGAUAAAUUUUCAUGCAUACCUGUGCACCCUCUCUUGUUGUAUUAUGGAUAUUACUGAUAUUUCCUUAUGAAGCAAAGUGCCUGCCGUCUUGUAGCAAUUUAUUUAUAUAGCGUGUUCAACUCAAUUGACGUAACACCCAAAGUUUCGUACAAGGACGUCUCCAUGCAGUAAAGUACACAGGGUAUUUUUUACUGUAGUGUUAUCGGAUAAAUAAUACACGUGAAUUUUACACGAACAUAUUAAACGAUAUAUAAGUUUAAAUAUAUAUCAUUACAUAUUGCAUGUUACCUCUAUUGCAUAUGAUGUAAUAUAAUACAAUGAAUUGUAUAUCCGCGAUUGUUGUAUCAAUUGAAUGGUGUGAUUGUAUCUUACCUAUGUUGUUCGACUGGUUGACAAAUGUAUUUACCAGUUUGCUAAAUAUUUUGCGAUAUAUAUUUAAGUUUUAAUAUACACUUAUGAUGUCAAUACAUGUCUUUUGGCUUUAUUGCCACGUAUUGUUAUGUACUGAUGUCAUAUAUUGUUAUGAACGUUAACAUACUGUUGGUACGACAGUAAUACAUUCUCUUUGUAAUAAUAAAAUCAUCUUGUUGGAAUAUUU